UCUCUGUCAAAGCUCUCCUUUCCUGCUUUCUGAGUUUUCAUCUCCUCUUCAUCUCACUCUCACAGGCCUCCACACCACUCGGUUGCAGAAUCGUCCCCCAAUCGCGGCCAGGUAUGGCAUAGGUCAUACACGAUGCCGCUUGCAGAGAUUAGCCCGAACAUUCAAAGAGAUGCAAGACCUGAUGGCAGCAAACAACAAGAUGUGGCUGUCACGACAUCCACGACAUCGCUGCGGUCGAGUGCUGUGCAGAGCAUGCUCAAAACCACAACCGAGCUGGGUGACACUGGGCCAUUCGCUGUACGACCUCCAAGAAUACCUCGAUCAGGCUCACGUCUACAGUCGACUAGAUUCCGCUCUGGCUCCUUCGACACAUCUUUGCCUCCCAGCUCCGCCACCAAACAUCUCCUCACAAAAGACAUCUUCACCGUCGGCAUGGUCCACGACCGGUUCCCUCAUCAUUUGGCUUGUCAGGCCGUGAGACGGUUCAUUCAUCGUCACAGCAUUCGGGACUACGGUCCAAAAGAGCAGGUCAUCGUCACAGAUCCCCAGGUCUCCGUACCCUAGGCCCUGGACAGCGUGGACUCUACACACCCAGAUCUCUCAUCACCCUUCGCGGUCAGCGGAAUUUCAACAGUCUACAAUCCAGUUCCCCAAUGAUACGGUCCGUGCAUGGAAGGAGACAUGCUCUUCGGACCUCUUCCCCUGCUUUCAGCGAGUCACAACUCUACA